GCAGCAGCAGCAGCAGCCACAGCUGAAGCCAGCAGAAGCGAGCGGAAGGAGCUGAGAGCAGCGGCAGAGCUGCCUUCCUCCUCCUCCCUCCGGCCGGAGAGACCAUCGCCAGCCCCGGCUUGUCCCCCAAGCGCGGCGAAAGGGAGAAAGCCCAGCUCGCCCUCCAGAUGCGCUGCUAAGCCUGCCCUGCCCCGGUGACUUCUCCUAGCCGGGCUGGGGGAAGGCGGACCCGGGGAGGGGGGGCAGCCAGCGCUCGGAGUCUGUGCUGCCUCCCUUCGCAACCGCUAUGGAUCUAUUCGACUUUUUCAGGGACUGGGACUUGGACCAGCAGUGUCACUAUGAACAAGAUCGGAACGCACUAAAGAGGAAAGAAUGGGAACGGAGAAAUCAGGAGGUCCAGCAGGAUGAAGACUUCUUUACCUCUGGCUUUAACCUCUUUGGAGAACCCUACAAGACUAACAAAGGUGACGCUCUAGCCAACCGUGUCCAGAAUACAUUGGGGAACUACGAUGAGAUGAAGGACUUUCUGACCAACCAUUCCAACCAGAGCCACCUUGUAGGAAUCCCACAGAAUUCUGUGCCACAAACUCCAGUAGAUAAAAACGAACAGACCUUUUUCCCAGAACAAAGGAACCGGAUGGUCCCGCCCCACCAAAUCACGGGGCACUCCUCAGCUUCGAUGCCGCCCCCUGCGGCUAUAUCGUCCAGUUCAACUUUAGUGCACAGUCACCAGAGCAGCAGGAAAUCCAGGACUGACUGGUCCCGUGUCAGCCACAGCUCAAACGGUGGUCAGCCAAGUCAGUCCGGGAGUGCGCAAAGUCGGACAAAGCACAGCUCAUCCCACGAACCUCCACAAGGCAGGUAUGAUGACCGCUAUGCUUGCCAAAGUGAGCAGCAUAAACCUGGAGGAGGCGAUGAAGCCAACGCAACGCCAUCCUCAUCACACUCGAGGAGGCAUACCCAUUCAAAAUCAGUGGUGGCAGAACACUCUUACAAAGAAAGCAGCCACUCAAAGUCCCCAGUGGAUCUCGAGUUUCUGGGCCACGGGCCUGGAUCUCCACUCCCAUCUACAUCCUUGUUGUCAGGAAAUAGUGGUCUUUCGACUCAAAAUUUCCUGCCAGGCCUCCACUGUAAGGGCAGCAUGACUCAGCAAAAGCCCACUGCUUACGUUAGGCCAAUGGAUGGUCAAGACCAAGUUCCCAACGACUCACCGGAACUGAAGAUGCCAAUAGAAAUUGAAGGCGUUUAUGGAAACCAACCCUUUGGGAUUCCACUGGAAGGAAAGACCACUGGACCCAGCUCAAAGAAUAAACUACCAAAGCUUAACAUUCCUCAAGCUAGUGAAGUCAACCUUCUCAGUGAGUCCAAUUGUGUGGAUGACAUAUUGCGGGAGAUGACCCAUUCCUGGCCUCCACCACUUACUGCUAUACACACACCUGGAAAGGCUGAACAGAAUAAGUUUCCCAUUUCGGGCAAGGCACAGGAUCCACAGCAUCUGACCUCAGGAUGUGGAGUUCAAAAAUGGGGAGAGCCGGCUGGCAAAGUUGCAACCAAAUCAGUGCCACAGAAAUCAAUGCUUGAAGAUGAUCUGAAACUCAGCAGCGAUGAAGACGAUAAUGAGCAGACUGCAGAGAAGACAAAGCCUCGAAACAUUCCUGUAAAUGGCCUUGUGUCGCCAGCAGCACACAACCCAGUCUUAAUACAUUCCAGUGGAGGUUCUGGGAGCUCCAGUGAAUCUGAAAGCAGCUCGGAGUCCGAUUCAGACAGUGAAACCAGCUCCAGCGACAGCGAAUGCAACAAAGAACCACGCAAUGAAACGCCAAAGCCUGAACCUCCCUCAGCAAACAAAUGGCAGUUGGUGAAGUGGUUAAAUAAAGUCAAUCCCCACAACAAAAUGAUCAUCAGCAAGCAGCAUGAGAGUCAUGGUGAAAGCAGCUCUCAAUCUCAGAGCAACUCACAGGCUGAAGGACAAAACAAAGGGAAAGCGGCUAGCACCCUGCCUGUGACUGAUUCCAAAGACAGGGCACUCCGUAACCCUGUUUCAGAGAAAGCCAAACCCCGUGUUGCCCAGAAAGCUCCGCCAGAGGUGAAGAGUUCCAAGCAGAAAUCACCAGCUCACAAUGAACCCACCACCCAAAGGACUACCGGGAAAAAGCAACCCAAAAAGAUAGAAAGGACUUCCAGCGUAGAAGACUACAAUUGGACCAAACCAAAUAUUACCAGCACACCCAAAGAGAAGGAAACACAAGAAUCCCAAGAGCAGCCAAAAGUCCGCCCAAAAAUAACUGCCGGAAAGACCGCUCCACGUAAAGAGCCAAGAAUGACUACAGGGCCAGCGCCCGAGAAGAAGAAGUAUAGAGGCCCUGGCAAAACAGUUCCCAAGUCUCGGGAAUUUGUGGAAACAGAUUCCUCCACAUCUGACUCAAACACCGACCAGGAAGAAAGCUUACAAGGCAAGAACCUGCCAUCUUGCAGUGGCCCCAGCAGUGGCACCAAAGCCAAGAACUCCAGCAGCAAUGUUCUCAGUGUCAGCAGCCUAACGAGCAAUAGCAGCAAUGUGUCCGUUGACCAAAGCAAUGACUUGGAGGAGCUUCUAUCCCCAAUACAACUUCUGCAGAGUGAACCCAUUUCUCCCCUAAGAGAGUUUGAAGGGCGCAGGCACCUCUGGGUGAAGAUAGACCUGGAUCUAAUCUCUCAGGCCUCCAAUCAAAGUGUCUUCGAGGCCAUGCCCAGGAAAAUGGAGCCCUGGGAGGCCAACACGAAGCACAGGCGACAGUCCCGAGAGUCCCCAACACCAGCGCCCGAAAAACCCAACCCUAAGUUGAAGAGGAAGCACAAGCAGUCUGAAAACCAAGACACAAUUGGUGAAAACAAGAAACAGCGUCUGGAGGAGGCUGCUGCAAUGUGUUCACUUCCACCCUGCAUCUCCCCAAUACCCAACCACAGAGUACCAAGUACUAAAGACACCAGCUCAGCGAAAAAGGCAACAAAGAAAAGGGAAGAGAAGCUGUUUCCACCCCCGUUGUCUCCUCUGCUCAAUGAGACGGCAGCCCGGCGGAGCAGCAGCAGUGGCAGCUCCUUUGGCCAAGAGAACAACCUCUCAAAUCCCUUGCAGGCCAGCACCUCCUCCAAACACCGGAAAAAUGAGAACAAAUCCGCUUCUAGCACAAAGGGGAGCUGUGAGGAAGAUUCCCACAGCAGGUCCUCAAAUGCUCUGCCCGACACCAGCCACCCAGAGAGUAGCAUCUGGCCUGCCACUCCUGCCUUCACCAAUGGGAAUCGUGAUCCAAGGAGACCUAAAAUAACAUUUGAUGAUACGCUUCACAAUGCAGAUCACUACAUGCAAGAGGCCAAGAAGCUGAAGCACAAAGCCGAUGCCCUGGUGGAAAAGUUUGGCAAAGCGGUGAAUUAUGCUGACGCUGCCCUUUCCUUCAUCGAGUGCGGCAAUGCUAUGGAGCGCGAUCCAUUAGAGGCGAAAUCUCCAUACACUAUGUACUCUGAGACUGUGGAACUCAUCAGCGUGCACAUCCUCAAAGGAUACGAAACCUUAAUUUGUCCUGAGCCACCAAGUAUGACAGAAGCUGUCGUAAAGCACAAGAAGGGGCAGGGGAGGAAGAAAAUGAAGAAAGAAAGCGCUGAACUAAAAGGGUCCUUUAUAUAUGAAGCACAUAAUGGUGAUGACGACAGGGGCGGCAGUGAUCCAGUGCGGUAUGCCUUGAGACUGAAAAACUUCACUUGCUCUACAGCCACAGAUGGAGACAAGAAACUGGCAGUUCUAUGCUACCGAUGCUUAUCCCUUCUCUACCAGAGAAUGUUUAAACUAAAGAGGGAGAAUGCUAUGAAGUACUCCAGAUCUCUUAUGGAAUACUUUAAGAAUUGUUCCAAAGUUUCACAGGCCCCUUCUCCUUGGGGAGGCAAUGGAAAGAGUACAGGAACACCAUCUCCCGUGUCUCUGAGCCCAUCGCCCAUUGGCUCAGUUGGGAACGCCAUGGGUGCUUCAGGAUCUUCCUCGUCAGGGAACGUAAGCAUUCCCCAGCGCAUCCACCAAAUGGCGGCCAGCCACGUCAACAUCACCAACAACAUCCUGCGAAGCUAUGAGCACUGGGACAUGGCUGACAAGCUGGCAAGAGAAAACAAAGAGUUCUUCACAGAGCUGGACUUGGUGAUAGCUCCAUUAUCGCAACACAGCAGUAUGACCCACCUGGUCCGUUACGUUCGGCAAGGACUCUAUUGGCUUCGCAUUGAAGCACACUUGUCGUAGUCACUGCCAUCCUGCCCAUCACAGCUCCAUCCUGUUACCUCCACCGGCACACAGGUGAUCACCGAUGGAAAGCCACUCUUUUCUGGGACUGUAUUCAUAGAGAUUUUUUUUUUUGCCUUUUUUUGCCUUCUUUAAAACAAAACAAAAUUAUCUGUUAGAAGUGGAAUUCACUAUAAAUUGAAAAUAUAGAUGCUGAGCAGGGUAUUUGUUUCUUCUGGUUUAAUCAGUAUGGAUUCUUCCUCUUUUUUAUUAUUAUUUUUGCCUUGCAUCUCUUGAAUUCUGCCACUCUUGCCUUCCAUAACGUGCUUUAUGGAAUGGGCAGUUCCCUGCAGUAUUGCACUUUGUUGAAGAUAUAUACAUUUUUGUGAAAAUGUCUUGAAUCUAAACAAAAAUAAACGUGUAGCAGUUCAACCCA